AUGGCGGCUACAGAACAAGAGAGAGGACAGCAAGCUGACUUUGUGGUGGUUGCGAUAUGUGACAGCCCCUCGCCCUGCGUCGACCGGUACAAGUCGGCAUCCCGCGUGCCUCGACACAGCUCCGCACAAAUUCUACAAAUGGAGGAGGUGAAGGAGGUUGCUGUGCCCAAGGUUGAGGAGGUUCCUGUUGCGAAGGAGGAGGCGCGGAAGGUUGAGGUCAAGGAGACGGCUGCUCCUAAGGCCGAGGAGGUUGUUGCGCCUGUGGCUGAGGAGACCAAGGCUGCUGAGGUUGAGACACCUGUUGUCGCUAAGGAGGAAGCGCCGGUUGCUGCUGCUGAGCCCCAGGUUGUGGAGACUCAGGCUGAGCCAGAGGCCGAAGCUGCUGCUGUUGCGCCGAAGGCUGAGGCUGUUUCUGAGGUCAAGGAGGAGACUCCGGUCGCUGCGAAGCAGGAGGCCCCAGUAGCUGCUAAGGAACAAGUUCCACCUGCCGUCAAGGAGGAGGUUCCCAUCCCCAAGAAGGCCAAGAAGCCCGCCGCCCCCAAGCCUUCCUCUCUCUACGUCCGUGACGACAAGCCCAUCGGUACCACCGAGCUCUCCCGCAUGCCCCGCGCCCUUGAGGCCCUUUACCUUGAGCCUCUCCGCCACGAGGCCGAGUGGGGCGUCCCCACAUGCGACCUCCAGCUCCGGUCGUACUCCCUCCGCAACCUCGAAUUCUUUUGUGACUUUGCCCUCCGUGCGGCGUACUACAUUGGCCUGCCUGCCUUUGGACCCGUGCCACUUCCCAGGAUCACCGAGAGAUGGACCGUCCCCAAGUCUACUUUCGUGCACAAGAAGUCGCAGGAAAACUUUGAGAGAAUCACCCUGAGGAGGUUGAUCCAGAUCAAGGAUGGGCACCCGGAGACGGUGCAGUACUGGUUGGCGUUUUUGCAGAAGUAUGCGUAUUAUGGGAUUGGUAUGAAGGCGAAUGUGUGGGAGUUUAGCAGAUUGGAUGUGGCUCAGGAGAUGGACGAUAGUCUCCCGAAGACAAAGAAACUGCUCGAGAGCAAGUGGAAGCAUAUGGGUGCUCACGACAAGAUGCCCUUUAUGGAGGAUUUGGAGGAGUACCUUGCGAACGAGAGGAGAAAGAUUCCCGGUGGGAGGUAGAAAAAUAAAUAUAGACGGGAAAGAAUUGUAUGUAUAGGCUUGGGUGUGCUGCUGUGUAUUUACUGUACGAAUACCAGAAAUGUGUAUGGCAAUUUUGGGCGGGUGUGAUUGAUUUUGUCUA